ACAGCGCUAGUAUUUUGAAAUUCACCGCUCAACACUCAAGUUCAAGAUCAGAAUGAGCUCUUUCUUCAAUACCACACACUUCAAGCGUUCACUGCUACUUGUCUUUUUAUUGAUUGUAAUUGUUCACAGCCGGUAUUGUGGGUUGGGCGAAUGCAGUAAUGAAAGUUGGCGGUUGUACAAGAUGCAGUUUAAGAAGCAAUACAAUUCCAUAGCCGAGGAUGAUCAUCGGCGGCAGAUAUUUUGUGGAAAUAUAAAUAUGAUCGAUGCCCAUAACGAGCGGUACAAGAGAGGUGAGGUGACUUUUGAAAUGGGUGUUAAUCAAUUCGCGGAUUUGACGAGUGAAGAAUUUCGACGCUGGUUGCAUACGGGCAGUAUAGAUAAUGGAAGUGUAGUGAUCGCUAGAGUUUAGAGUGUGGUCAACGUAGUUGUCUGCUAACCAAAGAAUAACAAAUUUUACUUGUUAUAGUAUUUACUCAUAUUUUUGUAUAUGCAUUAGUAUAAUUAAACAAAAAAUAUUAAUAAAUUUUCAUAGCCUCAAAAGUUUUAAGACUCUUUAUGAAACAUAAGUAUUUAUAACAAAAACUCAAAA